AUGAAUUCAAUCGUCCCAGAUGUGGGAAGCGCCCUAAGCGACAACGGAGACCAAAAGCCCGCCGACCAAUCCAUCGCUCACCCAGCGCCACCACCGAACCGGCCGAGCGCCCAUGCGCUGACCCACAUCCCCGGCCCCGUAGUCGCCGGCUUCCACCGGCUCGGCCCGCGCAAAGACCAUAUCGCCGUGCAAAUUAUCGACAUCAUGCGGCCAUUUCGGCUGCUCGACUCGAAUCCCGAGGAGAUUCCACUGUCGAAGCCUCGGAGAACGAGCAAGGAAGCGGAUCUCGUCGGAAUAGCGACUUACAGUGCCACCGGCUCCGAAACCCAAGACUGGGACAUCCACGUCGCGAGCAAGCCGUGCAACAUCAGCCUGCACGCCGCCGACGCCAAUAUCCCAUCUGCUGCUGUGUGUGGAGAAGAGCUCUGCAAUCGUUACUACAGACUUCGGGCGAAUAUUGAAAUGGUGGAUGAGCAGCUCCGGGAUUUCGCGAUAACAAUCGGACCCGGAAACGCGGGGUAUUCUAUCGAUUUAGCGGGUGUUGGAUCCCAGUUCAAUGGCGCAUCAGGUUCACAUGGAGAACCCGUCGUUCGUCCCGUCGUCCUCAACCCCCAAAUCGAAACAACAACAACAACGCCGUUGCAAAGCUUCCUGUCGGACCGUUCCGCCGGCGUGGGCAGCACCGCCAGACACCAGGAACGGCAAGACGCCAUUAAGGGUGUCAUCGACAGGGUCAACCAGCUACUUCCGAACCUUGACGGCAAUGGUGUCCCAAACAACCAACCCCAGCAGUCAGCCUCGACGGAUCUGAAGGGCAUCGGUAGCCAGUUCUCCAACAAGUAG